GGUGUAAAAGAUGGAUUGAUACGUGUGAACCAAACGGUGCCUUGUUUUUAAGUUAUGGUUUAAAUACAUUUGUUUAGCGUGGUGAAGCAUCUCUCUCUUGUACGAGGGUUUCUUGUUAAGCCUUGCUUGUCCCCGCCGUCACACCCACCAGGGUGAAAUUGAACUUCCAAGAUGGUGCAGUAUAACUUUAAGAAGAUUACUGUAGUACCAAAUGGAAAGGACUUUAUUGACAUUAUUCUAUCUCGCACCCAAAGACAAACACCUACUGUUGUCCACAAGGGGUAUGCUAUUUCCCGUCUCCGUCAGUUUUACAUGCGCAAAGUAAAGUAUACCCAACAGAACUUUCAUGAGAAGCUCUCUACAAUCAUUGAUGAGUUUCCUCGACUGGACGAUAUCCACCCCUUUUAUGGGGACCUUCUUCACGUUCUCUACAACAAAGAUCACUACAAGCUCGCCCUCGGUCAAAUCAAUACUGCAAGGAACCUUAUUGGUAAGAUUGCUAAAGACUACGUAAAAUUGUUGAAGUAUGGUGACUCACUCUACCGAUGCAAGUGUCUGAAGGUUGCUGCUCUUGGCCGCAUGUGUACUGUGAUAAAGAGGAUUGCUCCUAGUUUGGCGUACUUGGAACAGAUUAGACAACACAUGGCGAGGCUACCUUCAAUUGACCCAAAUACUCGAACGGUCUUGAUUUGUGGGUACCCCAAUGUUGGCAAGAGUUCAUUCAUUAACAAGAUCACCAGGGCUGAUGUAGAUGUCCAACCCUAUGCAUUCACAACUAAGUCGCUCUUCGUUGGUCAUACAGACUACAAAUACCUACGAUACCAAGUCAUUGAUACACCAGGAAUUUUGGACCGUCCUUUCGAAGAUCGCAACAUUAUUGAGAUGUGCAGCAUCACAGCUCUGGCGCAUCUGCGUGCUGCUGUGUUGUUCUUCUUAGAUAUCUCAGGGUCUUGUGGGUAUAGUAUUGCUCAACAGUCUGCUCUUUUCCACAGCAUUAAGUCUCUAUUUAUGAACAAACCGUUGAUUAUUGUCUGCAACAAGACCGACUUGCAACCACUGGAAGGGAUAUCUGAGGAAGACAUGAAGUUGGUCAUGGAGAUGAAAGCUGAAGCUAUGAAGACUCUGAUUGGUCAAGGAGGUGAGUCUACUAGUGACCAGGGGGUGCUUUUGACCAUGAGCACUUUGACCGAAGAUGGGGUAAUUGCUGUAAAAAAUGCAGCUUGUGAGAGGUUGUUAGAUCAGAGGGUGGAAUUGAAGAUGAAAUCCAAAAAGAUAAAUGAAUGCCUAAAUCGUUUUCAUGUUGCAAUACCAAAGCCGCGGGACCAGAAGGAAAGGCCGCCUUAUAUUCCGCAAGCAGUAUUGGAAGCUAAAGCUAAGCAAGCAGCUGAGAAGGAAAAGAAGAAAACUGAAAGGGAUUUGGAGGAUGAGAAUGGUGGUGCAGGUGUAUACUCUGCUAGUUUGAAGAAGAAUUAUAUGUUAGCCAAUGAUGAAUGGAAAGAAGAUGUAAUGCCUGAAAUUAUUGAUGGGCACAAUGUAUAUGACUUCAUUGAUCCGGAUAUUUUACAAAGGCUAGAAGAGUUGGAACAAGAAGAAGGGCUCCGGCAGGCUGAGGAGGCUGAUGAUGAUUUUGAGAUGGAUGGCAAGGAAUUAACUCCAGAAGAGCAACAGGCAUUGGCUGAGAUCCGGAGAAAGAAAAGCCUACUUAUUCAACAGCAUAGGGUCAAGAAGAGCACUGCAGAGAGCCGGCCGAUUGUACCAAGAAAAUUUGACAAGGACAGGCAAUUCACAACAAGGAGAAUGGGAAGGCAGCUAUCUGCCUUGGGGCUGGAUCCAGCUUUGGCCAUAAACCGAGCCCGUAGCAUGUCAAGGGGUCGGAAGAGGGAGAGGUCACCUGAAAGAGGAGCUAAUGAUGGUGGUGAUAUUAUGGAUAUGGAUGUUGACACACCUAACAAAAAGCAGCGACUUAGGUCUCUAUCCCGAUCUAGGUCGAAGUCACGGCCACCUGGUGAAAUUGUUCCUGGAGAGGGCUUCAGAGACUCUUCUCAAAAGGUUAAGGCAGUAAAACUUGCAAAGAAAUCUGCCAAGAAGAGGAACAAGGAUGCUCGUCGUGGUGAGGCAGACAGAGUAAUCCCUACUUUGAAACCAAAACAUUUGUUCUCAGGAAAGCGCUCUACUGGAAAAACCCAAAGACGCUGAUUUAGUUGCGGUUCGGUUUUUCUUCACAAGGUAAUUCAGUGAACAAUAUGCAUUUUCUCGCAGGGAGCACAGUUUAUGCUUUGUGGAGGGAUCGUUCCGAAUCUUGGCUUGCCGUUGAAAGAGAACUUUUGUUCUAUCAAUCUCCUGCUUGGCUGUAGAUUGCAGUUUGCACCAUGGGAGCAGUGUUCUUUUCAUUGUUAGAACGUAUGGCAAGGCAAUUUUGAGCUUGAUUGAUGUUUGAAGUCAAAACUGUCUACGGCCAGUCUUCUUAAUUUCUUCUUCUUCUUCUUUUUUUUUUUUUUUUUUUUUUUUUUUUUUUUUUUUUUUUGUGGAAUGAUUGUUAAGGGAAUUUUGAGUUUGAGAGAGGUUUUAAGUUAUAAUGUUGUCUGCGACUUGAAAUGGAUUGAUUCAGUUAUUGUUACAUCAUGCGGGUUCAAUCUUCAAUGAGAAAGUUGGCUUCAUUGAUUUA